GGGAGCGUUCUGAAAUGUUGGAACAAUUCCGUGGCCUAAGCCUGGAAGCAGAAGCUCUGGAAAGUAAUAACCAUAGUUUAGAAACAGAAGCACAAGAACAAAAAUCAAAACUGCGGCUUGCUGAGGACCGCAUUGCUGAGCUCGAAGGGGAACUCGAAACAAGGGAUUCCUUGGUACACAGCUAUGAGUCUCAGAUUGCAGAACUGACAGGAAAAGUUGCAGGCUUUGAAACACAAAUUCGACAACAUACAGACAAGCUGCGGAGAGCAGAGGCAGACCUUGUCACAGUUCGGGAUCUCUGUGUCACUCUGGACAGCCAGAAGGAGGCCCUUCAGGAACAGGCAGCAGAGUCUGAUGAACAGAGGAUAAAGCUUGAGAGAGAAGUGUGUCAGCUACGGAAAGAGGUGGAAUGUUUACAAGUGCAACUGUCAAAGGAACAAGCAACUGUCGUCUCUUUGGAAGAAAUCCUGGACAGUAGUCGUCAAGAGGCAUUGAGGUUUCGGCGAUCAUCCCAAGAUGCUGAAUGCGAGGUGACUCGCCUGAGGCAGAAAGUAUCAGAUCUCCAAGCUGAUCUAGAUGCAGGGGCAGCAGAUCUUCGACGUUACCAGACCCAAGCAGCUGAGUACAGCAGGCAAGUGGCAGACCUACAGAGGCAGAUUACAAAUGAACGUUUUGAACGGGCACGCAUGCUAGACGAAUCUAGAAGUUACAGCACAUUGUAACAUACUGAAUGCUGUGAAAUGCAGAAAGAAGACUCCAGGACUCUCAGUACUGAAGAUACCCAUUAGAGAACAACAACCUCAAUUGCACUUCAAUGAAAUUGAGACCACAGUUUUAAUCAUGAUGUCCAUAAUGUGUGUGUAUGUGUAUGUAUUUUAACAAAGAAGUUAACUAGGCAAUAUUUGCCUUGGCAUAUCUGUA